AUGAUUUCGCAAUGGUUGGAUUCUGUCACCUCCUUUUUCAACCCUGGACAGCACCUUCCCAAGUGCAAUCGGGACAUUAUCCUUGGCUGUGAGAAAGAAGUGGCAGAGGUAGAAAAUAGUGGUACUGAUGAACAAAAGAGUGAAAGCAUUAUGCGAUUGUCAUGGGCUCUUGUUCAUUCUACACAGUUGGAAGAUGUGCAGCGAGGGAUUGCUAUGCUCGAAGCCUCUCUCUCUGGAACCAAUAGUCCAUCUCAGAAGAGUGAAAAGCUUUACCUUCUAUCUGUUGGUUGUUAUAGAAGUGGUGAGUAUUCAAGGAGCCUGCAGCUUGUAGAGAAAUGUUUGGAGAUUAAACCUGAUUGGAGGCAGGCUUUGUACCUUGAGAAGACAGUCAUAGAACAAAUUACAAAAGAUGGUGUCAUUGGAGUUGGCAUUUCAGUUACUACUGUGGGACUUAUAGCUGGUGGAAUUAUAACUGCAUUAGCUAGCAGAAAAUCGUGAUGACGGAUUGUUGUCUUAAGAGUAAUUUCCCUGAUUUGCGGUUUACAAUCUUCCCGGAUAUGCGAUUUACAAUCUUCGAAGAUGAUGCAUUUUAACCCUGCUAACUAUGAAUUGAUGGCCUGUCGAUUACUUUUAGUCGAAGUCAAGACAUUGUAUGUAUAUAUAUAUAUUUCAAUGGAUUUCAUUUGGUACCUCCGGACCAAAACAUACUUUCUCAAACUAUCCAGUUAGGCUUAGUCUUCUGGUCAUCAAUCCGUUGAUUACAUCAAGUAGUGUGCAGUUUUGACUAUCAGCCAUUCAAUAAGUUAGGUGUAAACUUCUUCUUCUUUUCGUUUUUUACCUCUUAUGUAUCUUAAUUCACCAUUAGCUUUGUCUACUUAUCUGAUAUAAAACUUAUUAUAAUGAACAGGAUAGCCAAUUAUGGAACUGUAGGCAAGUAUAAGACCAACUUUUCU